AUGCCAUUCUCGUCGAUUGCCUCCGCCCCCGCGCUGUUUCCUACUUACCUCGUCCCAUCGCUACCGUUCCGGAAACGGAAAUCGAGCACCGAUAGCAAUGCUUCCAUCAGCUCCAAUCUAACUACCAGCUCCACAUCCACCGCAGACGACACAUAUCUAGCCGGUCAUGCUUCACACCUCCGCUGUGCCCGUUGUCUCUCCGAUCUCGCGCUCAGCAGCCAGAUCAUCUCCAAAGGCUUCACCGGCAGACAUGGACGCGCCUAUCUCGUAGCUCCUUCAACAAGCGCCAUAUCGGCCAGCUCAAUUCCCACAUCCUCUCACAUGACUGCCAAAGCGCGCAACGAUGCUCUCCCCAACUUACCAAACACCUACACCCACAAGCCCGUUCCUCGACAGCUCGUCACAGGCGCUCACACCGUCGGAGAUAUCUCCUGUUCGCAAUGCGGUUCAGUGCUCGGAUGGAAGUACAUUCACGCCGAAGACGAAUCGCAAAAGUACAAGAUCGGAAAGUUCAUCCUCGAAACUAAGCGUGUUUGCCGAUCAAGUACGUGGGAGACUACCGAUACGGUUGACGAGCAGGGCUUGCUGGAUGAUGUGAGAAGGGACAGUCUGAGAAGGCGAAGUAGUGCCGCGGCUUGUCCACCGACAGAGUUGACGAUGCCGAAAGAGGAGCUGGAAUUUGAUAGUGAGGACGAGGAUGAGAGAGAGGCGCUAUUCUUGGGUAUGUGGACUCCGCAACUUGCAGGGAGGAUCAGAAGAGAGAAGGCGAGGGAUUUCGCACAUAAUGUUGUCUGGGAGGAGGAGUAA